GUGAGGCCAACCCUACCCAACCCCAUACUGGCAGGCUGAGGGCUGGCCAGGGGGACAGGGUGGUCCUGCCUCUGCUUUGGGAAGACACCAUGGCUCUGGGCCCCUACUGUGGCUUCCUACUGCUUCUGACUGUUCCUGGGUGUGGCCAGCCCCAGGUUUCACACGCAGGAAGUCGAAUCGUGGGAGGGCAUGCUGCCUCAGCUGGCACGUGGCCAUGGCAGGCUAGCCUCCGUCUGCAGAAGGUGCAUGUGUGCGGAGGGUCCCUGCUCAGUCCAGAAUGGGUGCUCACAGCAGCUCACUGCUUCUCUGGGUCUGUGAACUCAUCUGAUUACCAGGUGCACUUGGGAGAGCUGAGGAUCACACUGUCUCCCCAUUUCUCCACUGUAAAGCGGAUCAUCAUGUACUCUAGCUCCCCAGGACCACCAGGGUCCAGUGGGGACAUUGCCCUGGUGCAGCUGGCUAGCCCGGUGGCCCUUUCCAGCCAGGUCCAGCCUGUGUGCCUCCCAGAAGCCUCAGCUGACUUCUACCCUGGGAUGCAGUGCUGGGUGACAGGCUGGGGCUAUACACGGGAGGGAGAGCCUCUGAAGCCCCCAUACAACCUUCAGGAGGCCAAAGUCUCUGUGGUGGAUGUAGAGACCUGCAGCCAGGCUUACAACAGCCCCAAUGGCAGCCUCAUUCUGCCAGACAUGCUAUGUGCCCAGGGUCCUGGGGAUGCCUGCCAGGAUGACUCUGGAGGGCCACUAGUCUGCCAGGUGGCUGGGACCUGGCAGCAGGCCGGCGUUGUCAGCUGGGGUGAGGGCUGUGGCCGUCCUGACCGCCCUGGAGUCUAUGCUCGGGUUACUGCCUAUGUAAACUGGAUCCACCACCACGUCCCGGAAGCAGGCGGCUCAGGAAUGCCAGGGCCUUCCUGGGCUCCCCUCCUGGCUGGCCUCUUCUUGCCAAGCCUCUUCCUGCUGCUGGUCUCUGGAGUCCUGGUGGCCAAGCACUGGCUGGGCUCUCCCUCCCACCCAGCCUCAGAGCUCUGACAGAGGUGUCGCAACCCAAGUGUCUUUCUUAAAUAAGUUAGUGUUUAUUCAGCUUUGCUUUGCCCCUCCCCUCCCCUUAGCUUUGACUUAGGAAGCCAAGUUUUCUGCAUCGGAUUAUUGCAACAUUUAACCUGAAUUUGUAGAACGGAUGACAUAAAGCAAAUGGGUGUCAAAUGAA